CGUAUAUGGAAACGGCCGAAACCAUUCUACGCGUGAAACCCUAGAGUCUAGUCCAUCACGCCUAUAUAUAUAUACGGAGCUACGAUUGAAGGCCUGCGUACGAAGACACACUCGCCGCAGAAGAGAAAGGAACAACCUUCGCUAGCCUGAGUCGCUACCAAUCUACGGUGGUAUUGGAUCGUUCGCUGCCAGCGUCGCCAGAAGAAGAAGAAUUUCCGGUGCAACACUGCCGGUGUGCCAGUCUGUUUCUACGGCGGAGAAAAGCAAACGCCGCUGCAUGCCUUCAUCACCGGAAAAGGAGCUUGCGUCGGACUGUCUGGAUCCACCAUAAAUCAUCUGGACCACUGCCACCUUCGUCGGCGUCGAGGGGCUACUGAUUGCCGCCGUCACCCGCUGCUAGAAGGAGCCGAAGUCGUCUGUCGCUGCCGCUGCUACUUCCAAGGAGAGAACCCACGAUCUGCCCGGCUGAUACGGUCGCCGUCUGAGAAGAACCGUUCAGUGGCCUGGAGUUGACGAUGAAGAUGACGAAGAAACAGUAUAUGGGUGAGGAGCAACGUAGAAGAUUUCACUAGAGUACUUGGAGUUUGAGGGGACAAUGACGUCAACGAGGAACAACAUCGAGAACAAUGAUGCCGCACCAACGAACUCGGAGUUAGCUCAAAAUAUGGUCCAACUAACACAACUCAUCCAGACUGUCGCGAAUGUGUUACUGCAGAAUCAAAACCAACAACAUCUCAACACCCGUAAUGAUGUAGCAAAACUUUUAGCAAAGCGUACUCCCCCGAGCUAUUUAGGACAAGAAGAUCCUCGCAUCCUCGAGGAAUGGAUUCGCACUUUUGACAAACUCUUUGAGUCUAUGAACUGCCCCGCGGAUCAACGAGUUGAUACGGCUGCAUACUACUUACGUGAAGAGGCGGAUAAUUGGUGGGCUACGACAGCCCCAACACUGCGUCAACAACCCGAAUUUUCUUGGGAGACGUUUAAGAAGGCAAUACGAGAAAGAUUCUACCCAGAGCACGUGAGAGCUGAAAAGUACGAAGAAUUCUUACACUUGAAGCAAGUGGGUAUGACCGUUCAAGAGUACCAUGCCAAAUUCUUAGAGCUCGCACGAUUUGCACCCGCUCUAGUUCCCGAUGAAAUCGAGAAAACUAAUAAGUUUAUACGCGGUUUGAACUUCGAGACACAAAAAGCUCUUUGCGUUACAGAAUGCCAAACUCUGAAUGAGGCCUACGGCAAAGCUGCCAAGCAUUACCGAGUGAAACAGCUCCAGAAGGAAACACUUAAGAAAGCGAGAAAGGGCACCAAAGAAGAAAGCACACGGGGAGGCAAACGACACAAGCUAAAUCAACCUGGGGAGAACCAGAACGUGGACAAGAGCAACAACAAAGGCAACAAGCAGAAGUGUAAGAAGAUGAACUCCGCAGAAGAGACCCACUUCUACUGUACGAAAUGUGGAAAAGAUCACCCUGGAAAACACUGUGACGGAACGCUCGUGCGAUGUUUUUAUUGUGACAAGUUAGGUCAUAGAGUGUUUGAGUGUCGUUCAAGGAAGAAGGGAAUCUCUCCAACUCAUGGACGAUUGAAAGAAAGUCAUCCGCGAUGGAAGAAAUCGAGAAUAACAAAGAGAAUCACGUACACAAAUCCUUAGUCAUCUAUAGUAGUAAAUUUCUUUGAGA